AUGAUCGCAAAGACAAAUCUACUGAAAGGCCGGAAAAAGACAUCGCAUGCUUUUGCCUAUAUAAAAGAUAAUGACGGGAUUGAUACGGAAGCAUCGUAUCCGUACGAAGCAUCCGACGAAAAAUGUCGCUACACGAACCGGACGCGUGGUGCAAAUGAAAUUGGGAAAAUCGAUCUACGGGAAGGUGACGAAAAGCAACUUCAGAUUGCUGUUGCUCGAAUUGGACCAGUAUCGGUCGGCAUUGAUGCUUCCAGCAAUUUAACUGGGUACAGUAAAGGUAUUUAUAGCAGUAAUUUCUGCUCCCAAACAAAACUUGAUCACGGUGUGCUCGUAGUGGGCUACGGAACAGAAAUGAUGCGGUCGAUCAAUGGUACCAAGAAGCAAAUUGAUUACUGGAUUGUUAAAAAUAGGUAUUAA